AGAGCAUUUUUCUAUGUCAUUAAAUAUUUUUUGCAAAUAUAAUUGAACGGUUGCAUAAUGUUCCAUCCUGUUUAUAUGUAAACAUUCCUACGUUAUAAGACAUUUUGUUGCCAUUCUAUAUAAUGCCACAAUGGACUCUUUGAGCAUAAAUCUUUUUUACACAUGUCUAAAUAUUCCCUUAAGACAGAUUCCCACCAGCGGAGUAACAUUUUUAAGACUCAGGAUACUUACUGCUAAAUUACUUUUCAGACAAGUUGGGCAAAUUUGUACUUUUGCCAGCGUUGUGGCUAGGAGGUUUUCAUAUCUCCACGCUCACUACAGUCUUCCUGUUUUCACAAACAAGUCAAUGAAUGGGCUGGAUUUGUUGUAACCGUCUCUCAAGUGAUGCUUUCUAUGGGAUUCCCACAAUAUCACUACUGCUAACUUUUAAGGACUAAGUUACCAUUUUAAAUGGAAAGAUUUUUUUCUUGAAUGUGAAGCUGGAUAUCUAGAAAUAAAAAAUUGCAAUUGGUUAUUUGGUGUUUCUUGCAUUGCUGGUUAUAAGUUCCUUAAAUAUUAUACAGAUACUAUUUUUAUUAUUUAGCAUUUAUCCCAUGAUAAAACUGGAAUCAUGUAUGCCUGAUACGGAUUGACUGUGUCUCCACCCACAUCUCACCUUGAAUUGUAAUAAUCCCUACGUGUCAAGGGUGGGGCCAGGUGGAGAUAAUUGAAUCACGGGGUGGUUUCGCCCAUACUGUUUUCCUGGUAGUGAAUAAAUCUCAGGAGCUCUGCUGGUUUUUUAAAUGGGAGUUCCCCUGAGCAAGCUCUCUUGCCUGCUGCCAUGUAAGUCAUGGCUUUGUUCCUCAUUCGCCUUCCGCCAUGACUGUGAGACUUCCCCAGCCAUAUAGAAUCGUGAGUCCAUUAAACCUCUUUCCUUUAUAAAUUACCCAGUCUCAGUUAUGUCUGUAUCAGCAGCAUGAGAACAGACUAAUACAGUCCUUCUCCCCCACCAUGUUUUGGGGCUUAUCUGGGGAUAGUAAUUCCUAAUAAAUACUUUACUUCUUUGGUAUUUGGACUUUUGGACAGCUUUUUGAAAUUUGAACAGUUUUCUAUCAUGUUGUACCCUCUGGAAUUUAUGAAAGUAAAAUACACUGUGCUUCAGGUUUAGUUUGUAGAAGUGAGAAUUUUAUGUACGUAGCUUCUAUUCUCUUCAUUUCUCACUAAGAAGUCAAAAUUUAAACCAGACUUCCUGUUUGUCUGGACAUAAAAGAAAAAGUAAUUAUUUGUAGAGUAAUUUAAUCUAGUGGGUCUUAGGGCAUAGCUCUCCAUAUUAUAUGCCCAAUUUCCUUGCAAACUUCAAAAAAGGAAAAAACUUGAUUGGAAUUUUAGAGUUAGAGCACAUUGUACUUUAUUCACUUUGGAAUAAACCGUUUGGCUCUUUCAUUCUUUAAGGUUUAAACUAGGUACUAUACUUUCCUUCUCUCUAUUCAGUUCAAUUGAGUCUCACUGAUGCAAACUAAACACUAGAUACUGUAUAACUAUUGGGGAUAAAGGAGACCUUCUGCUCACGCCACCUCUAGCCUGACGAAGCCCCUGAUGAAGUCAAAGGAAGACAAAUCCAUGCCAUGCUGGGAUAUACUGUGGAACCUCGUGAUGUAUUCAUUAUGAGUCCUCAUCUCCACCACACCCCAGCUAAAAGACUCACAGCUUGUGAGCUUGAAACGUACCAACAUUGCUCUUUCAAAUAUACAUCAAUUAAAUAUGCAGUUUGAUACUUUUCUAGCAAAAGUGACAGCAUUUUAUCAAUUUAGCUCAGUUUCUGCCCCUCUGUAACUCUCUGGAACAUGUCUGUAAGAUGGUCAGCCAGAAGGAAAGAAACGGCAAAUUAACCCAUAUGGAAGCUUGCAUCUAUUAUUAAUGGUACUGCAAUUUCAUCAACGGAAGAAAAAAAAAUCCUCCUUUUAGAACAUUUCUUGGUGGUACCAUCAGAAAUGUCCUCCUUAAGUGGAAAAGUCCAAACAGUUUUGGGCCUUGUAGAGCCAAGCAAACUGGGCCGCACCCUGACCCAUGAACACUUGGCCAUGACCUUUGACUGCUGUUACUGUCCACCUCCCCCGUGCCAGGAAGCUAUUGCCAAAGAACCGAUCAUGAUGAAAAAUUUAUAUUGGAUUCAGAAAAACGCCUAUUCCCAUAAAGAAAACCUUCAGUUGAAUCAGGAGACAGAAGCCAUAAAGGAAGAACUGUUAUAUUUUAAAGCUAAUGGUGGAGGGGCUUUGGUGGAAAACACAACCACUGGGAUUAGCCGAGACACACAGACGUUGAAGAGGCUUGCAGAAGAGACUGGCGUCCAUAUCAUAUCCGGAGCCGGGUUUUAUGUGGAUGCAACUCACUCCUCAGAGACCAGAGCCAUGUCAGUGGAGCAGCUUACAGAUGUCCUUAUGAAUGAAAUUCUCCAUGGAGCUGAUGGAACCAGUAUUAAGUGUGGCGUUAUUGGAGAAAUUGGUUGUUCCUGGCCUUUGACUGAGAGUGAAAAAAAGGUUCUCCAGGCCACAGCUCAUGCCCAGGCUCAGCUUGGUUGUCCUGUUAUUAUCCAUCCUGGACGGAGCUCCAGGGCACCAUUUCAGAUUAUCCGAAUAUUGCAAGAAGCAGGUGCAGACAUCUCUAAAACAGUCAUGUCACAUCUGGAUAGGACUAUACUUGAUAAGAAGGAGCUCUUGGAGUUUGCUCAACUUGGCUGCUACUUGGAAUAUGACCUCUUCGGUACUGAACUACUUCAUUACCAACUCUGCCCAGAUAUUGACAUGCCUGAUGAUAACAAAAGAAUUAGAAGGGUGCGUCUCCUGGUGGAGGAGGGUUAUGAAGAUCGAAUUCUGGUAGCACAUGACAUACAUACGAAAACCCGGCUGAUGAAAUAUGGAGGUCAUGGCUAUUCUCAUAUACUCACCAACGUCGUUCCUAAAAUGUUACUGAGAGGUAUAACUGAGAAUGUGCUCGAUAAGAUUCUAAUAGAGAACCCUAAGCAAUGGCUAACUUUCAAAUAGGAUGGUUGCUUAUGAAUUCGCACCUUGCGUGUAAAACUGGCGGAGAACAUUCAGCGAUUUCCAGUCCACUGAGAGCUAUUAAUCAGUUACCUAGGACUAAUGACAGAUCAUUUCCUUCUGACGAGAAGUAGGAGGGUUUGCCUUCUCUGAGACCAGCUAUUACACCUGUGCCUCUAGGGAGUUACUCAGCCUAAUUGAGCCCUAUUAUUUUGCCUUAACAAAAUAAAUACAGAAGUACCUAUUUCUAAACAAUGAUUUAAAGUCUAUAUCCCCUAAGCUGAGUUGUUGUUUUUCUCCCUAAUCUACCAGCUGCACUACUUCAGAAAAUGUAAAGUGUUUCUAGUUGAAUUAUUCCCUUCUUGAGCGAUCUAAUGUUUCUUGUAAUAUUGAUGAUCCUACUAAUUAUCCUGCUGUUCUUUAAUUAAUGCUUAAUGAAUAAUAUGGCACUUUAAAAUAGCUUCUUCAACAAGGGAAGUUAAAUUUUGAGACUUUUUCCCCAAAGGAUACUGACUGUAAUACGAUUACCAAUUCACAAUGAUAAAAAUAUUUUGAAAGGUUAAUUUUAUGCUGUCCACCUAUCUAUAUAUUCUUCUAAUAAAAUGGUUUUGAUAUCUUUGGCUUUCUGGUAUCUAUUUUUGCCGUAAAUUUUGCUGUUUUGCAACCUUUGUAUAAGAACACAUAACACUACUGAAUUAUAAAAAUUCAAUCAUAAAAGUCAAAAUAUAUUACAUAAUAUAGUUUAAUGAAUCAUUACAUUUAUAAUAACAAAGGCCACAAUUUAAUUAACUGAUAAGAUAUAAUGCAAAAAAAAGGAGAAAUGUUUGCCUUAUAUAUAUUCCCUUUAUUUCCUUUACCUUGUGUUUUUCCUUGGACCUAAACAGAGAAAAUAAUGCUUAUUUAUCUGAAGAAAAGGUCAGAUCUAUUGGAAAUGACAGCCUGAUACUAGAGCCUCCUCUUUAAAAGGUAUCCAGCCCUGAUAUUUUGUGUAAAUAAAGCAUUUUUUAAAACUCUUAGUUAAAACACUUAGGUGAUGGCCACUGCUGCUUAUAAAUUCAUCUUUUGGUUGAAUCUUCACUAUGCUAUUUGGCACCUAAAAAUAUUCUCCAAACCCUUGCUGCCAAUUCCUCUUUGAUAAAUAUAUAGUUAAUUCGAAAUAAAAUCCAUUGUGAUUCAUUUAUGAGUUAUCUUACAUAUCACAAAGGCCAAUUAGAAUUUGUCCUUAUUCUUGAUGAAAAGUUUGUUUUUAAUCAUAAAAAUCGUGACAGUUACUCAGACGCAGGCAUUUCAACAGAGCUAACACCACCUUCAGACAGGCACACCAUGCAUAACUCUUGGGAAGUUGAGCUUUGCUAAAUAAAAGAUAUUUUGGCUGAUCAGAGAUGUUCAAGCUUUCUGUGUAUUGGAACAGAAAGUAACAAAGAGGAAUGAGCCAGGAGAACAAAUUAAUUCCUUUAAAUAAAAAAAAAAUGCAAGUGUCCUUCACCAGUAAAGGAAGCAAAUUUUUAAAAUUUCUGUUUUUGAAAUCCACUUAUCAAAGAGUUUUCAAAGGCAAUGAAAGGGGAACCGAUUUUUCAUUGUAAUAGUGGAAGUUGUGUGAUAGUUAGGAGCUAUCAACAUGCAUUUUUAAUCUUUUCCUUAGAUGGAAGAGAUGGCUUUUGGCAGUGUGUUCUAACCAGCAAGAAAAGAUUUGUAUUACUCUCCAAAUCUACUGUACUGUCAGCUUCAGUCCACCUGAGAAAAAAGAAAAAAAAUUGAUAGCUCAAAUGCGUAUAAUUCAUAAACACUGCAAAGGAGAGCCACUUGGUGUCCGCAGUCCUCAUAUUAACAAUCUGUCACAGAAUGCAGUUAAAGUAUUGAUUGGCAUAUGGUAAUACAACAACCAUAGCCUUAACUUACAGACCUGUAAAAUAAAGGGCAUUUUUACCGAAUACAAUUAAUUUUCUAGAUAACUCUUAAAGAGAAGUUGUUUUAACUGUUUUUGCUACUCCAUAUAUUGUCGUUCAAAAUAUAUUUUAACCCAAAAUAAGUUAAAUAAUUUAUGCAUGUUUGUGUGUGUAUAUAUGCAUAUACUUCUUUAUAUUAAAAUUUUGAGGCUAUACAGCCACUGUGCCCUAUGGAAUAAAGCCAUAUAUAUAUGUUUUAUAUGUAUAUGUUUUAUAUGUACAUAAAACAUUUCAUCUAA